AUGGAUUCCUUGAGAUUAUCAAACCUUUUAAAUCUUCUCAAGUUUCCCGCUCAUCCGGAUUUAAUUGUUAAAGAUGCUUCUGUUCUCAAUUGUGGGUGUUUGGUCUCUGAGUCACAAUUCGUUCAAUUAGAGACCAAGGAAUGCCCAGUCUGCCUUGCCAAUCCGGUGUCUAUUCUAAAGGAAAUACAGCCACUAAGAGAAUUGUAUGCGAUUGUUCAACAAAUCGAAAAUGAUAGCUCUUCUCGAAUUAGAAGGGUCCUGUCGCUGAGACAACGAAACAGUAAGACGACUAUAGAAUUCAAACCCCAAUCGACAGAUGAUAUGGACUUGUUGGGCUUAUUUUGCAAAAUUGCGAAAGAAGAUGCUGCAGAAGCUCAAAAUGCCUUGGUAGAUACCCGUUCAGUGUCUUUGAAAAUACCUGCAGUGAAGGGUGCUUACUCGUAUUCUCCAACCGACCAACCAAUCCAAUCCCUAUCACAGAAUCUUGAUAUUCCAAGCACACAACAAACCGCCCUCUCAAAUCUGGCACAUCAAUAUAACUUGGAGCACAACUUGUUGCUGGGUCUCAGUGAACAAGAGGAGUACAACUUUUCUCAAUGUUUCCCAUUCCACAGAAAUGUCACCACCUUUGCAACGCAACAAACAAAAUUUUCUUUCAGCUCAAGUGCCCUUAAACUGAAGAAAUUUCUGUGCACUGCGGUUUUCACCACAUUUGACCCUGUAGCCAACCGAGAGAUUGCAUAUUUCGCAUUGGUAUCUGAUAAGAGAUGGGAGUUGUAUAAGUAUGUGACAACAAAGCCACAACUUCUAGCGUGCGGAAAACUGUCUGGUGAGUAUGGCCCGAAUCAUGGCGAGAUGAAAGCACCAAAAUCCGAGGGGAUUGUCGUAAAAAAUGAUUUCGGUGGUGCGAAAGUUGAUAAUGUCGAAGGAGAUGAUCUAUCUGACAGAUUAAAAUCGUGGAUACACCUUUAUUGUUGCUUGUCAGAAAAAUACCUUAUUUUAUCAGGAACAAAAGGUUUGGUGAGAGUGCUCAAUGUCGAUGCAUCAGUGGGCCCGAUCGGCCAGCCUGUUUACUCGUAUUUGACCAACUUCCCAAUAAGGUGCAUAUCAUUGUCGCCUAACGAUAAACUUGUGGCAUGUGGAAUAACUGCAAGAGAAAAGAUAUCUGGGAAGCAACAACCUUUCAUUAUCUUACACCAAAUUGAGACCGACAAAAGCGGGCUGACCUCCGUAACACCAAUUACAAUAACUGUCCCAUACAGGGAUCCCUUGAAGAUCAUUAAUUUCAAUGCUUCAUCAACUCAUUUGCUUUGCUGCACCGUUUACGAAAUGAGGUAUUUUAUUAUCCGAUUGAGAGGUGAAGAGGGAUCCGACUAUCGCCGUCCUCGUCUCAUAUUCUCAGAUAUGAGAGUUGCACGAAAGUCCAAAAAAAGAGAUUCAGGUGAAGAUGGAUACACCGAUCUCGAUGUGGUAUUCAACGACGAGGAUGAUGACCAAAUGCUCGAUAACGAGGGUAUAACGGACAUCAAAUUCGGCAGGCCAUACACAAAUACCAUGAUUAUCACCACAUCAUCCAUGAAGAACCGCCCCACAAUUAUGCUCAAAUUGAACGGUCCCGCUAUUGAUUCAAGAAAGACUGUGAGUGGGGACGGUACCUCUGAGGAUCUAAUGUUUGAGUUCAGCUCACAAGCGAGUCAGCAAGACGAAGAUACUAACGCGAACACGAACAUUGUUGAUGCAGAUGUGAUCAUGAAAAUUCCCGAGAUCGGGUCUACGAUUUACGGAGUUGAUCUAUCACCUCGAGGAGAUGGCAUGGUCUUCGUUGAUAAGCUGGGUAGAGUUCUACUUGUAUCAACCACGGGCACAGAACAACUAAAUAUGAUUAAUCUGAGCUCUGUGCGUAAGAGUGUUGUGCAAUUGGGAGAGGUGACUCCCGCAUUACGGUCUACCGAAGCUGCCUCAGUAAAAUUUUCAGCCCACGGCGGCAAAAUUUUUGCUGUUGACCGUAAGGGUCUCUUUCAAGUGUUUGAUUUUACGAAGGGUAUUCCUGGCGAACAUCCUGGCGUUUUUAAGUGCAAGAUCAUAAGUGUGUGA